UACUUCCACUGACCUGCCGGCCGGCCCUCCAGCACUGCCGAGGAAACACCCGUGAAAUGGGGACCGGGGUGCUCGGAACAUUCCUCCAACACACCCCGCGAACUUAAGGUGUCUCUACAUACCUUCAGACCGGGUGCGGAGAUCCGACACGGUUCUCUGGACGGGCGGCAUCUCUCCGCGCAGAGCCGGGAGACGGCACCUGUCAACGCGGCCGUUAGUUCUGCUCCCCCCGCUGCUGCUGCUGCUGCCGCUGCUGCUGCCGCCGUUGAAGACUCACAGAAAACGGGUGAAAUAUCAGCGGAGGAGUCGCUCUCAUGCGCGGGUACCGCCGAGCAGGGUGGAAGGUGUUUACGAGAGGUAGUCAACAUUCAUUUCCCGCUGGUGAGAGGACCGUGAACAGGAGCCCACCGCCUCACGGAUCUCCCCCAGCAUCCCGGUUCACACGGCGGAUUAAGGAGUCGACACACGCCGCCAGUCUGGAGGAGCGGAGUCGGAUUUACCAUCCAGUCAAGUGAGGGGGACGGACCGUACCACUUUUAGCCGCAGCGAGGGGGGGAGAGGCAGGGAGCUGCGGUGCUGUACGGAGCAUGUAAUGUAGCAGAGGGCUCGCAAUGGAGGGGACGAUGCUGACGGAGGGGCAGGAGAAGCCCCAGAAGCGGGUGAGGUUCCGAGUGGCUUCUGGGAACAGCGGCCGGGUGCUGAAGGAGAUGUUCAAGGAUGAAGGGCCUUCGGACUCCCUGGAGUCAGACUGCACCAGCAGCUCUGACACUGACAGAGCCAGCACCCCCUCCACAAGUGGAGAGCCGCAUGGACACCUGUAUGGAUACAUGGGCUCGGAGCUGGACGACAGCGGGAGCGAGCCCGAUGACCUGCUCAUGUAUGCGGGGGCCACCAAGGACUGGUCGUUCACCACCAAGAGGGUCAACAUACUCAGUAAAAAUGGGACUGUGAGGGGGGUCAAGCACAAAGUCAGCGCAGGUCAGACGCUGUUUGAAAACCUUCCCAAUUGCAACAGUUUGGAGUUGUUGCUUGAGUUUGGGCGGAUUGUCAUCUACACGACCAGUUUCCGUGUGGUGAGGACGACCUUCGAGCGCUGCGAGCUGGUCAGAAAGAUUUUCCAGAACCACAGGGUGAAGUUUGUGGAGAAGAACAUCGCCCUGAACAGCGAGUAUGGGAGGGAGUUGGAUGAGCGGUGCAAACGUGUGGGAGAACCUCCUUCGUUACCAGUUGUGUUCAUUGAUGGACACUACCUAGGGGGUGCUGAGAAAAUACUCGGUAUGAAUGAAUCAGGAGAGUUUCAAGAUCUUCUGAUAAAAAUCGAGCGGGUACAGCAUCCCCAGACGUGCCAGUCCUGUGGGGGCUUUGCCUUCAUCCCAUGCCCAACGUGCCACGGCAGCAAGAUGUCCAUAUUUCGCAACUGCUUCACGGAUUCCUUCAAAGCCCUCAAGUGCACUUCCUGCAACGAGAACGGUCUGCAGCCCUGUGUGAGCUGCAGCCGCUGAGGACGUAACGUGCCUGACCCUACGUCCUCCCUCACUUCUCUGCGACCUGAGACAGGACCCUGAACUGGACUGAAACACAGGCAGUGACGUGAAACACAGCAGGUCUCUUCUUCCGUGGCCAUUGUUAGUCAAACAAACAAGGAAUUUGUAAUAAAUCUGUGACUUUGAUAUUGAU